AUGACCAGCAACGAUUCCUCCUUUGUCGGCCGAUAUGGCGGUAAUGGCAGCGUGGGUAGUCCCGGAGGUCCGCUCGGAGGCACGGUGAACGACGCUCCAUACAGCGGCGGGCCUUAUGGCGCUGCGCGGCCACCGCAAACGUCACCGCCUUCGUCGCAACAUCCAAGCGGCUCUACAGAUAUGUCGCGACCGUCAGCCAGUGGCUCCAGCAAUCGUCCGCCGUCUUCCGCGAGCUCCAUCGGCAUGUCGAGCGAUGGACGCAUGGGUUUUGCGAAACCACCGAAUCGAGAUAGUUCCAGGAGUCAAAUACCGCCCAACGCCGAUGAUGCCCUCUCGAGACACUAUGCGACACUGAGGGAAUAUUUGGCGGACUCAUUGCAGGACGAGAAGGGAAAUCUCAAGCCGAACCGGGCGAGGGACAAGCUGCUUCGGCUGAGUGUCACGCAGUUCAUGGAACUCAGCACUGAUGUAUACGACGAAUUGAUGAGAAGAGAGGACGACCGGUCAGGUCAGAUACCAAACGUCCCGCGAUUCCUCCUACCCAGGCAGAAUUUCCACCCGAAGCGCAAUCAGGCGCGGCAGAAGCUCAGUACGCUUCCGACCGAACGAUUCAGGCAACUGGCGACGGAUGUCUUUUAUGAAUUGGAACGACGAAUACCACGAUUCGUGGGAGCUGACAUUGCGCGACCCCACAGCACAGCAAGCAAUGCUAGCAGCAGAAGUCGAGCGCCUAGCCGAGGUGGCAUGCGACCGCCUCCUGGACCCAAUGGGUACCCAUAUCCUCCUGGCCCUGGAAGAGGAGGCCCGCCGCGGGGACCAAUGUCGCCCUACGGUCCUGGUCCCAAUGGUAUGCCUCCUGGCCCGCGAAGACCAAGCGAAGCUGCGUCUCUUGGUCGGCCUCUUCCGAAGCAUCUCCAGAGCAACACCAUUGUCCCGAACAAAAGUACGAUGGUUGAGGAUGAUGACAUGGAGGAUGACGAGGAUGCUUUCGGCCUUGAUCAUGUUGGCUCAGGCCUCGGCCAGCGGUACAGCCGGAGUACCAGUGCGGAAACCAAGGAAAGGAUGCAUGCGCAGGAAGCUGAGAUCACGGAACUGAAAGAAAGGAUCGAGGCUCUGGAGGCCAAACUAACGGAAGCCAGCAAAGAGGCCGCGAGAAGUGUAACGCUUGAUGCCGAGCGCAAGCAAUGGACUGCGCAGCGAGAAGAGCUUGAGCAGAAGCACGUGGAUGCGCAGUCACACAAUACCACACUUCAGCGAGAGCUGGAGGUGCUGAAGUCGAAAGUACAAGAUACCGACACCGACCGAGAUCAACACGAGCAGAAUAUGCGCGAUAUGCGAGAACAGCUGGAUGAUGCCCAAGAGCAGCUCGCUGAGAAGCAUAAUGAAAAUGGUCGGCUGGAGAAGCAGCUUCGAGAAGCUUCACAAGAUAAAGCUGAGCUUCAGCAAUUGCAGAGAGAAAUCGAAGACUUGCGACGGCAGCUACAAGCAAACUCCAGCAAAGAUGCGUGUGAGGACAAGAUCGCGCAACUACAAGAGCAACUUGCCCAGCAGGAGAAGAUCAACUCCCAAGUCCGCGAAGAAGCCAUGAAGAACCUGCGCGAAAUGCGCGAGCUCAGUCGGCAGAACGACGAGGCCAUUGAGCAAGAAGAGAAGAUGGCUGCCAAGAUUGCGAAGCUUGAGAAAGAGAAUGAUGUGUGGAGACAGCGAUAUGCGAAAGUCAAGGCGCAGAACAAGCACCUACGAGCGUCCACCAUGGGUCUUGGGCUGUCGACUGGACUGGACACCGGCAGUCUUGUGCGGCAAGAAGGCCUGAUCUCCGAAGGCGGUCUCGUGCGCGAUACAGAAGUCACCAGAUUCCAACUUGCCGUGGACGAGCUGCUCAAGGUCGCUCGUGGUAACAGCACAGAUGCAAUGCUCGAGAGUGUGAAGGCCGUUGUGGUCAGUGUGCAAUCCAUCACUGCGGCUGUACGAACGGAUGGGUAUCCAUCGCCUGGCCCUUCGCCUUCUGUCCCAGAUAUGAACAUGCGGUCAGCGCCACCCAGCGUCGGCAAGAUCCAAGCACGAGUCACCGGAACCGCAAACAGCCUCAUCACCGCAACGAAACAACAUGCCGCAUCGCACGGACUGUCGCCCGUGGCACUGCUCGACGCUGCUGCAAGCAAUCUCACCUCAGCUGUAGUCGAACUCAUCAAAGCCGUCAAAAUCCGACCCUCCACCAAAAACGAGCUCGCCGAUAUGGAAGACGCCGACGAACUCCACUCCUUCUACGACGCCAGCUUAUCCCCCACCGGCAACACCCUCCAAAUCCCCGUCCCCCAAUUACCUCCCGCUCCCAGCUCCAAUCCCUCAACCACAGAAAAGAAACCCAACACAGGCUGGUUCGGUUGGGCCGGGAAAUGGGGUGACGGUAGUCCCGAUGACGAUUCACCAUCAUCACAACAACAAAAACAAAAACAACUCCCUCCUCUUCCUCAAGCUUCGCCUGCGAAUGGCAAUGUUGUGCAGCACAACCAUUCUGCUUCUCUUCGAUCUGUGGACAGUGGAAGUGAUUACGAUCCUUAUCGAUAGUGUCGGUAUCCGUCUAGGGUCACUUUUGCGAAAACGGAACGGAGGUGAAAUGGAAAUGGAAAUGGGGUUUGAAAAGGGAAAGGGAACGUGAUGGGUUUAUAUAUAUACGUAUACAACAACCAAGCAACCAUCUGGUGGGAAAGUUUGGGGUGGGAAAGUUUGGGAAGGGAGUUUGGUCUUUUUUUUUGUUCUAUUGUGUUCUUUGGAUAAGGUAGUUUGGCGUUGGACAUCUGCUCUUUUUUUUCAACUGGGAAAUGGAGGAUGCAGAUUAUCGAAUGCGUAGUAAAGAUACCCAUCUCUGUGACAGAUUGGAUGGGAUGGC